GUUUUAUACAAUACAAUAUAACAAGGGUUUAAGCCCCAAAUACUCUUUACGCCAAAAACCCUACAAUUUUUCUCUGCUUCUUCUUCAACAACAAUGGCGCCCAUGGGUGGAAAACGCUUUGCUUUAACCGGAUCAAGCAGCAGCAGCAAGAACGACGGCGUUUUAGCUAGGAUUUCUCAAUCCUCCAUUGUUACAAAGGGGAAACAAGCAGCUUGUGGUGCGACUUAUGUGGGGAAAAAACUUGCGAAGAGUACUGGAAAAGCUGCGUGGCUUGUUGCUACAACGUUUUUGGUUCUGGGUUUACCGUUAAUUAUUGUUAUGGAUCGUGAACAGCAGCUGAAUGAUCUUGAUCUUCAACAAGCUAGUCUUCUUGGUGCUUCCCCUGCUACAACCCAGAAUUGAUUUUGUUAGAUGGGUUUGAGAAAUUUGUAGAAUGGGUUGGUUGGUUUUGUUAGAUGUUUGGGAAGCUGCAGUUCAUUAGUUAAAAAAAGAAGAUCUUGAUCUUCCAUAGAAAUUAUUUUUCGUUAUGUUUUGUGUUUUUUUUUAGUGUUUUGAUGAUGGGUUUCGAGAUUGGAUUGAUGAAAUUUGUAGAAUGUGUUGGUUGCUUUAUUAGAUGUUUGGGAAGCUGCAGUGUUUAUUAGUGAAAAAAUUUGAUCUUGAUCUUCAAUAGAAUUGAUUUCACUUUG